AUGAUUCGACUAUUAACAUUAAUUUGUUCAAAUGAUGGUAAUAAUUUACAGAAGGAUAGUGAUAAUUCAUAUCCAUUUGCACGUGGCUUUGAUGAUUUUGUAACAACAUGGCCACCAUCAACGAAUACAACAAGCAUGAAUGAUGACAACAGUAAUAAAAAUUUAAUUAGUAUUCCAUUAAUAACUAAUCUAUGCAUAAAGUUCAAAGCUUUAAAGUAUAAUGCAUUUUAUAGAGCAAGAAAAGAAUAUUAUAUUGAUCCAGUAACAAAAGAAAGUCAAUGGGAACAUCCAAAUUCUAUGAAUAAUAAAUCAUCAAGUGGACGAAAAGCAACAAAUGGCGGUCAAGUACAAGUACUUCACAUACUUGUUAAACAUACAGGUUCACGUAAUCCAAAAAAUUAUAAAGGUGAAACAAUCACACGUAGUAAAACUGAAGCUCGAAAAAAACUUGAUGAAAUCAUAAAUGAAUUAAAAGAUGCUGAUGAUCUUGAAACAACAUUUCGUCGUAUUGCAAAAGAUAAAAGUGAUUGUAGCUCUGGUCAACGUGGAGGUGAUCUUGGUAUGUUUGGUCGUGGUGCAAUGCAAAAAGCAUUUGAAGAAGUUUCAUUUGCAUUAGAUGUCAAUGAAAUGAGCGAUGUUGUCGAUUCAGAUUCGGGUCUACAUGUUAUUUUACGCAUUGCCUAG